GUCUAGCGGCAUCAUCUCCGCAGUCUCGAGCAAUUGAUGUCGACGAUUUGCAAGGGCCCAAAACGAUGAUCACGAUAAUCUGAUAAUAUACCGACUUGUUCCUUCUCCCUCGUCCUCAUCCUCCUCCUCUUCUCUCACCUCUUCGGCCUCCCACCUCUCCUCGCCUCUUUCACUCCUCCGAGGACUUCGUUCCCGUACUUGUACUCUUCUCUGUUAAAACGACCACAGGAAUCAAACACAAAAUGGCUUCGGCAACCGGAGUUCCAGAGCAGAACCCUGCGUUACAAGAGGAGGAACCUCUCCUCGGACGUCCAGGUGAUGUCACGCAAAGGCCAGGACAAGGGCUACAGUUCAAUCUGGUCACGGGCACCGCAAUCCUCGCUCAAGCAGGCAUAUGGAUUCUCGCCGCCCUCGUGUGGGCCGCCAUCUUCCAAAACGACUUCAUCUUCUUCUCCUACCAUCCUCUGCUGAACUCGGCGGCCACCCUCCUCUUCGUCCAGGGCACACUCGUGCUUCAGCCGACCGCGUCACAGAAAGAUAAGAUGCGUGGAUCAUAUGCACAUUCUGUAUUCAACACGUUGGGUGUAGCAGGUUUGAUCGCUGGAUUGGUGAUUAUCGAAAUGAACAAGGCCUCGCACCCAGAGACCAGAUUCACCAGUAUCCACGGCAAGAUGGGCCUGGUCGCUUACAUUUACAUCUUCAUCCAAUGGCUUUUUGGGUUUGCGCAAUUUUAUACUCCCCAGCUCUUUGGUGGAGUCGACAAUGCAAAGGCAAUGUACAAGUACCACAGAAUAGCAGGAUAUAUCUUGCAAGUCUACAUGUUGGCCGUCAUCGCUGCUGCCACGCAGACCGCUUUCAACAAGAACGCUCUCCAUAUCAAGUUGUGGGCCGUCAUCGUCGCGAGUAUCCUGGUCUUGGCUGGUGUUCUCCCGCGCAUCAAGAAGCAUAAAUUUGGAUUGUAGUCGAGUAGAGGGCCAGGUUUCCGCCACACCAUCCCAUGCAUGUCAUAUGGUUAGUGACACAUGGUUGUCCGUACUCCUGCGAGGAAGAACGUGUUGGAGGAACGAAGCAAAGAUCUUACUUUUCUGUUGGUGCAGUGUUCAUUCAAAGCGUGUUGAUAGUAUGGGUUCACAUGGCGUGGCUAAUGGAGCAGGUUUAGUUUUGUUUGCUGAGGUAUAAUGACACUGUAAACAGGCAUGACCCUCCCAGCAUAUUCUAUCGGUCUCAGCAAGAAUACCCAUUGCUGACGGAGAUACGAAGAGGUAUAAUC